AUGCCUCGAAAGGAAUCCAAGCUUAAAGAUCAUCGAGUGUAUACUACAAGGUAUAAAAAAACUUAUAAUGAAAGAGUUAAUGGAAGUUUGACCUUACUAAAAGCAAAAAUUAAAAAUAACCAAUUGAAGAAUAUCUCCAGGAAACCACUACAAACAGAGGAGUUAGAUGCCCAGGAAACCUGUAGCUCUGAAAAACAUACGACUAGUCCCAUUUUAGACAAACCAGAUGUUACUACUUGCGAAACCUCGUCAGAAACCAAUAUUGCCACAAUUUUGCUUCCUUUAGAUGACAAUGAGAAUGCUGAGGUGGCUACAAAAGAACCCGAUAUUAUCGCGGCUGAGAGCGACGAAGACGAAUAUGAUUUUGGUUCUGAUGCCACUUAUGUCCCGGAAACUGAAGAAUCUGAAUGUUCUGAAUCUGAUUCAGAAAUACACAUUGUAUCUACUGGUCACGAGCAUGAGACAGAGGAUACUUUUGGACUCUAUCACGAAUUAGAACAUGUUGAACCAACUGACCGUGACACGACUGCGACUGCAACCCCGGUAUUGGUAAACAGAAAUUCAGAGUGUAAUAAAAGAAGGCGAGAAAGGGAUUUUUGCUUUUAUUGUGAAAGUUUAGUUUUAAAUUUUGCAAGGCAUGUUGUUAGAAACCAUCCUGCGGAGACCGAAGUUCAGAGAGCUUUGUCGGCUCCUAAAAAUAGUAAGCUUCGUAAAACUGUAUUCGCAAAUUUGCGUAAAAAGGGUAAUUAUAUUACUAACAGUCAAAAUGAAUCAUUCAAACCUAUGAAAAAACAAAAAUAUUCCAAACACGAGGACUAUUUACCAUGUACUACGUGCUUAGGGUUUUAUGCUCGAAAACAACUUUGGAAACACAAAAAAAAAUGUCAGAAUUUACCUUCCAGCUCAAAAAUUCAAGCCGACGCACAAAAUUUUCUACUACGAAAUAUAAAAGUUAAUCAGAAGUUGGUGACCGAUGUUUUUCCACGAAUGCGGGCAGACAAAAUAUCUUUGGAGGCAAAAAAAGAUCCAUUAAUUUGUUCUUUUGGCUUACAAUAUCUCAGAACACACCGCGAAGCACAUUUCAUAAAUGUAACUUCCAGGAAAAUGCGAGAGCUGGGAAAAUUAAUCUUAGAAAUAAAAAAAAUAAAGCCUACUAUAAAAAAUCUUUUAGAUGCGUUAAAGCCUGAAAACUAUGACACACUAGUCCUAGCUACGAAGAAUGCAGCCAGUUUCGAUAGUUCCAAAGAAAGAUAUAAUUCUCCGACGUAUGCAAUGAAUAUUGCCACUUCAAUCAAACAAUGUUGCAGUAUAGCGUUAUAUGAAUCAUAUAAGUCAGAAGUUUGUGCCGAGAGUGCAAGUAUUCAGGUAAAUCUCAAAACUUUAACAAGUUUGAUUCAAGACCACUGGAAAUUUGACGUCUCUAGUCAGGCAGCUGACGAUUUAAAUAUGAAUAAAUAUAAUAAAACAACUAUAGUUCCCUUGGCGAGUGAUUUGAAAUGUCUUAAAGAACAUUUAUGUAAAGCAGCUGCCCGAUCAUCAGCUAUGCUCACUGGGUCGCAGUCAACAUUAAAUUGUCUUGCUUACGAUGAAUUGAUUGAAACAGUAUUCUGUCGCGUUAUUUUACUCAAUCGUCGACGGCCAGGAGAACUAGAAAGAUUGCAGUUGAGUUAUUACCAAAGUUAUGAUUUGAAAGAUGAUGAACAAGGUAAAUAUCAAGAAUUUGAAAACGUUCUGUCUACAACUGAAAAAAUACUGGUUAACAAUCUCAAACGAAUCGUAAUUCGCGGUAAAAGGGGACGGGGAGUUCCUGUUUUAUUUAGCAGUGAUGUGCAAAAAGACAUUGAUAUUUUGAUGUCUCAGCGUCAUAAAUAUAUAGAUAAAAACAACGACUACAUGUUUGCUAAAAGUGGAGGAUCCCUUUUGUGUGGUUAUAAAACAAUAACAAAAUACUCAAAGUUGUGCGGAGCGAAAAAUCCUAAAGCACUGACUUCCACUCGCCUUAGGAAACAUUUGGCUACAUUGAGCCAAUUGUUUAAUAUGUCAGAGAAUGAAAUGGAACAGUUAGCUUCAUUUAUGGGGCAUACUUUGUCGGUCCACAAACAAAAUUAUAGGUUGCCAGACGAUGUGUAUCAAACGGCUAAAAUAUCUAAACUUUUGUUUCUCAUGGAGAGUGGAAAAGCUGACAUCUACAAAGGGCAAUCGUUGGAUGAUAUAGAUCUCAAUUUGGAAGAAGAAAUAUUAGGAGAUAACAUACAAAAUGAAGACAUCUUAGAUUUUGCUAUGGAGGAACUUGAUUCUGCUGAAAAACCUUUGACAGAUUCAACUACGACAGUAACACAACCCACUCCAUCUUGCUCAACUACUAUAUGUCAGCCAAAGAAAAAGCGAAUACUGGUUCCGUGGACUUCGGAACAAAAAAAUGUUGUACUAAAAUAUUUUGCAACACAUAUAAAAAGAAAAACACCACCAAAACGUCAUGAAUGCAACAGCUUAAAGAACCAACAUCCUGAUUUAUUGAGUAAUAAAGAUUGGCUGAAAAUUAAGUUUCAGAAACAGAAAUUGAUUCACGAAAUACCACUCCUACGCCUUCUCAUAUUUCUCUACCACCACCACCACCCGAGCUACUGAUGUCAACAGAUUCGGUUGAAAGAGCGGAAAUGCAGACAACAUCCUCUCAGUAUGUGUGGCGAGGAUCCGUCGGUUCCGAAAAUGUAAGAUGCGUAAGCAUCACUAUAGCAAAAAGCCAAUUGUUUAAAAUUAAAGUAGCGAUAGCUGUAGGUAUUUGCUAUGCAGCUGUAUCCAUGUUGUUAAAUGUGUGGAUUUUAAUGUUAAUGAUACGUUAAUUUAUUAUUAGCGAUCCAUAAGAUAUUUGAUCCUAAGGGAAUCGAACCCACGCCAUACGGCCUAAAACAAAGCACAAAGCACGCACGAAUGGUGGGUUUUGUGGGGCUCGAUCCCACAGGGUCGAUUCUUUUUUACUGUUUUCGUUAUUUGUUUGGGUUUAACCUUUUGAACGCCAGCAUACGAAAUGCACACAAAGCAGAGUACAAAUUGUAAUUUCUACAAAGUGUAACAAAAAAAGUGGGGAUCCGUUUAAGGGCAUAUUUGGUAUCGUAUUUACGAUAAUUUUUGUACGGGCCUCGUGUCGUUCCAGCAGGUACCGUCAAUACAAAACCUAAUUUUUUUUGGCGCCAUAAAAAUUUUUCUUCCAGUUUUUCCUACCGAAAAUACGGAUACCUUAUAUGCCCUUAAACAGAUCCCCACUAUUUCUGUUACACCCUGUAUGAAUAAUUGAGGGGACCCCAUGUUAGUAAUACUGUUAUUGUUUUAGUUUUCAAGCAACAUGCCUUGCUAUUUACUUGCUAGUACUUCUUUUCUUACCAAUAUGAACUGCACUUGAACAAUCGUUAAGUACCUACAUAAGCGUUCGUGACUUAAUAUUU